GGGCGAUCGGAAAUUACACAUGUACUAUCUCCAUCAAGUUCGUACGUAUAUAACCGCUAUCAGCGAUCGUCAAACGUAUCAGUCGUGUUUGAUCGAGCUUCCCAUAACACGAGAACACACACACGAGACUUACAAAUAAUCAAAAAUGGCAUACAAGAUGUUCUCCACCGGUCUAGUGCUAGCAUUCGCUGGUAUGUGCUUGUGCCAACAACAAUCCACUUCUAGCUCACCAUCCCAAUACCAGUCUGCCGCUGUAUCCCAAGCGUCGUUCCAGACGGGAUCGGCCGUCCAACAGCCACAAACCAAAUUGGAAGAUAUCGAACGCGACACUCUGGUAGCGGCUUUUGGACAGAAAACCCAACAACAAUCCAACAAACCAUCAUCCGUGACUCCUUCAGUUCCUCAACAACAACAACAACAACAACCGCCGCAGUCUUACCAAACGGUGCCGCAACAACAGUACUUCGUGCAGCCUUACCAGGGGCUACAACAGCAGUUCUUCAUGCAACCGUACCAAGCCCAACCACAACAGUACUUGGCCCAACCUUACCAGAUGGCUUUCGACUACAACGGUGUACAGUAUUCCAUCAUCAGCCCCAACUCUUACCCUGGUAACCAGUUUUACCAACAAUUCUACGUGCCAGCUGCCCAACCAUCGGCUGUUCCUCAAUACGUGACCAAACAAUCUUCCCCAGCGGCCGCUCCUGCUCAAGCUCAACAGGAAUACAAACAACAACAAUUUUCCACCCCUGCACAAGCUCAACAAGUAUAUAAACCACAACAAUUCGCUACUCCCGUUCAAGUUCAACAAGAAUACAAACAACAAUUCACCGCCCCUGUUCAAGCCCAACAAGAGUACAAACAACAACAGUUCAACGCCCUAGCUCAAGCUCAACAAGAAUACAAACAACAACAACAACAAUAUGUAGUGCCAUCUCCCGCAUACCAAUACGUCCAGCAGCCAGCUGCCCCUGCCACCAACGGUCCCGCUGAUUACUCGUACGUCACUCGUCACCCGGCCACCACCGCCGCACAGUUCAAAGCCCCGACAGCCGCCGCCGCCGCCGUCCAACCACAAUUCCAGUACAAUGCAUUACCGCAACAGUACCAACAACAACAACCCCAAUACUAUUACACUGUGGCCGCCACCGAACAACCACGCGUCCAACAGUCAGCCAAGAGCCAAUUCUCGUCCGGAGUGAAAUCCACCACGCCCACCCCAUUAACUAAGGAACAGUUCGCGUACAAGUUCGAAUCCUCACCACCACAACAACAACAACAACCAGGUGCCGCUUACAGCACGCUCAGAUACUCCGCUUAGACGUCUCAAGUGCAUCUCCCGUGAGGGGCCGUGGCAGGUGCAUCGUUAUAAUAUUAUUGUGUAUAGUGCCAUCGAUUGUAUAUACGCACACUACGCGUAAUUCACUGUACAAUUUUUAGAUAUUAUCACUAUUAUUAUUAUUAUUAUUACUACUAGUGCGUUUCAGCACAGAUAUUAUAGGAUAUUUAUUUCCUGGGUGAUUUCCACACACUUUAGCAUGCCAAUGCCAACUUAGCGCAGCAGUGUGUAGGGACGCAUAUGUCCUUAAAAUAUGUAAUUAUUUGUAUUAUUGUUAUUAUUAUUUUGGUUAAGAAUAAAAUAAAUGUGAAAACACUUAAAUUUGUAGACCAUUAAAAA